AUCAGAGCUCAAGCUCAAGAAGCUAGUGCGAGUGUGCGGCAAUGGAGCCCAUCCCUCUCCUGACGCCAUACAAGAUGGGCCAGUUCGAGCUCUCCCACAGAGUCGUGCUGCCCCCACUCACCCGCCAGCGCUCCUACGGCAACGUCCCGCAGCCGCACGCCGCCGUGUACUACGCGCAGCGGGCAACCGCCGGCGGCUUCCUGAUCACGGAGGCCACGGGCAUCUCCGACACGGCGCAGGGGUUCCGCGACACCCCGGGUAUCUGGACGCCGGAGCACGUCGAGGCGUGGAAGCCCAUCGUCGCCGCCGUCCAUGCUAAGGGCGCCGUGAUCUUCUGCCAGAUUUGGCACUGCGGCCGCGUGUCAAGCUGCGAGCUCCAGCCCGGCUGGAAGGCGCCCGUUUCCAGCACGGACAAGGGGGUGAGCCCGCAGAUAAGAUUCGAUGACAGGAUCGAGGAGUUCUCGCCGCCGAGGAGGCUCACGGUGGAGGAGAUUCCCGUGAUCGUUGAUGACUUCAGGAAGGCCGCCAGGAACGCCAUCGACGCCGGUUUUGAUGGCGUGGAGAUUCACGGUGCCAACGGGUACAUCAUCGAGCAGUUCCUCAAGGACGGUGUCAACGACCGCACCGACGAGUACGGCGGCAGCCUCGAGAACCGGUGUCGCUUUGCGCUCGAGGUGGUUGAUGCCAUAGCGAAGGAGAUCGGUGGCCACCGUGUCGGCAUCCGCUUCUCCCCCUUCACCGAUUACAUGGAGUCGCACGACUCGGACCCGCACUCCCUCGCGCUCUACAUCUCCACUAAGCUCAACGACCACGACAUCCUCUACAUCCACAUGAUCGAGCCAAGGUUGGCCAUGGCGGAGGGACGGCGGGUGGUGCCGAAGCGGUUGCUUCCGUAUAGGGACGCGUUCAAGGGGACCUUCAUCGCCAAUGGUGGGUUUGAAUAUGCGGAAGGGAACAAGGUGGUCACCGAGGGGUAUGCUGACCUGGUGGCAUUCGGGCGGCUGUUCCUGGCAAACCCGGACCUGCCGAAGAGGUUUGAGGUCGGGGCAGAGCUGAACAACUACGACAGGAUGACCUUCUACAUCUCGGACCCUGUUGUCGGCUACACCGACUACCCCUUCCUCGAUUAAUCAUUGGUGUAGCUUUUUUCUUUGACACGAUCAGUUGUAUUGUGUGUCAAUAUAAUGAAGUAUGUGUGUGUGUUU